UUUGCCGCAUGGCCCGAGUCGGAGCUGCGGGUAGCGCUGACACCUCAUUCAUUGCCAAUCGGCGCUUCGCACCGUCUGUGGAUCUCAGCGGAAGGGUCGCCAAUACCGCGAACAGCCCUGAAUGGCGAUAAUCAUGAGGCGGAUGGUACACCGACGAAAACGACGGAGGAGGUGCCAGGCACGAAGCGUGCGCGUCGCCACCUCUCACCUGUGCCGCGCUCAGACUCCCGUGGAAGUGGUCUCGGCAGAGGUGGCGGAGGUGAGCAGGAGACGGGAAACGCAACAGAUACGAUGGAGAAGAAUCAAGACCCGCGCCUUCUUGACACUUUCUGUGUGGCUUCGUUUACACUGCCGGCUUGGAGAGAUAAGGAUACGGCGGCAGGAGACGGAGCGCAAUUAGACGAACACGAGAACCUCGUUCGCGAUAUCGCCGCUAUCAAUCCGGACGUGUUUUGCGUCAAACAGGCGCAUGCAGACUAUGCCACCUUGCAUUUGAGACCUGAACUUAGCAGACAAGGGUACCAAUGCUCUGGUGGUACGGAUGAUACGGCAGCCUCCUUCCAGUCUUUCAUCUUCUUUAGUCGCGAGGUCUUUUCUGAGGUCGCCUUCCAUUGCCGUCCUGUACAGUCUAUGGCACGCAAGGUAUAA